AUGACCCAACUAACGCCGAUCCGAGGGUUCACAAACACUCCAGUCACAAAGUCGGUUAUACUCAUUGGCUUCUUACUAGCAUUAGCUCUACUGACGCUACAAGUAAAGCAUUAUGUCAGACUUGCCAUCGAUCCACUCAUAGUACAGUACUCACAGUACUGGCGUAUUGCCACAUUUCAGCUUGCGGUGAUCAAUGAGAGCGACUUCAUGCUAAGUACAAUUCUAUGGUUUCAUUUUAAAACCCUAGAGCGUUUCUUUGGUCCCCGCAAAUAUUUAUCCUUAAUUGCCAUAUUCGCUUUCUACAAUGCCGUUAUCACCUUUCUCGUGCUAUCCGUGGGCCAGCUUACAUUCAAUGCUUUGGUGAGUCUUGUCAAUAUGUUGAUCACUCAUUCGAACUACCAGUUUGUCUACAGAGAUACGUUUUUCAACUCCGUCGCCCUGGGGCCCUUCGGAAUCAUUGCAUCGCUAUACAUGUGUUAUGGCUCAUACAUACCCGUUUCUUACCACUUUAAGAUUCUUUUCCGGAAACCGACCGUAUCUUCCGAAUCAGAGGCCGACACCGAGGAACUGCCCAGUGUUACAGGCUCCAAUAGCUUCUUACCGAAGCAAAUUACGUUGAAUGACCAUUUCCAGAUCCACAUACUUUUUACAUUACUUAUGCUCAACAAUGGCAUAGGAUCGAUACUCCCUUGUUUAAUAGGGCUUAUAGUUGGGCGUCUUUACACCAACGACCUCUUGGCUGGUUCCAAGAAUUGCUAUCUUCCUAAUGUCGUGUUCAGGCUUUUCGUCAAUCCACGUAAAAUAGAUGUCACGGUGUUCAGACUGUUGAGACAGAGGGUUCGGGGCUUUCAGCCGCUUCCACGGGCACCUCCAGCAGAUGUUGAGCCUACCCCAGAAAGAGAAGAAGAACACGAGGAAACGAUUGAUGAUAUCAGAAACACGGAGGAACCUGAAAAUAGAUCCGAGACGCCAGUAAGACCACUAGGCAGGCAGUUCCUCGAUACCUUCCGUACAUAA